CGAUUGCCUCUGUUCUUGCCUCUGCCCAGCUGGGUUAUUUGGGUCUUCGGCGUCGAGCUCGCCCCAGCUGGGCCUGUCGAUCAUUUUGCUUCAGAUUGAACUUUGAGACUGUCACACUGUGUGGGGGUUGCGGUUGAUUUCAAGUCAUCCACUGGUUUCUUUCAAUUGGAUGAAUUCUUUCACGAGAAUAAGGAUUCUUGUUCAAUCUCUGGCAGCAGAUAGAUGGAAUAUCAGCUGCGUGACCCUUAUUGGAGCUUGCCAAUGGCAAUUCAUAAUCCAUCUCAUCCCUCGUGUUGAUUCAUGUCAUUAAUGGCGCAAGUUCUAGACUUGAGAUUGGACGUAGCAGAACUCACCUCCUUUGAGCUUUGAUUUUGAUGUCGAUAUCGCAUUUUUUGCUUAAAUUAAUCAGCUUGUUGAGGUGUUAUCUCUGUUUUGCUGUUCUAUGUAGCCCUUCGCAAAACAUUAUGAAUCUGCUUUGUCGUGUCAGGGUGGAAACUAGUUGGAAACAUUACAUUAGUUGACUGCUAACUGUUCGAUGAAUGUCUUGACAGAAAUGGAGAUGCUUCCGGAUGCCAUUGUUCAAUACAUUUUGUCAUACAUGAACAAUGCCCGGGAUGUGGCAAUCUGUAAUUGUGUCUCCAAGCGGUGGAAGGACUCGACCCCUUACAUUAAGAGCCUCUACUUUCCUCGAAAUUCUUUUGACAAACUCAUGGGUCCUGAAGACCCCGAUGACAUCAUCGAGAAGAUGAUAUCCUCAAUUGCCCACCUAGAAGAGCUCGUUGUUUACAGCCCGUUCUCGAGUUCAGGUCUUGCUUCAUGGCUCUCGGUCGCAGCCACAUCCCUGAGGCACCUUGAGCUUCGAAUGGACAAUCUGGCCGAACACAAUCCCUCGUUCGAGGGCCCCACGAAGAUGGACAGCGUUGGAGUCGCAAAGAAUUUGGAGUCCCUGAAGCUGUGGGGCGUCCUGAUGACCCAGCCACCCAAGUGGGAUGCAUUCCCCAUGCUCAAGAGUCUAGAGAUUGUGGGGGCGAGAUUGGAGGACCAAGCUCUGUCCUCGGCCCUUCAGGCAUGCCCUCAUUUGACAAAGUUGUUACUUCUUGGCUGCGAGGGAGUGAGAUCAGUAUCACUAGAGUUGCCUUAUUUGGAGGAAUGCAAGCUCGAUUUCUAUGGAAUGGGAAACUGCUCACUCUCGCUUACUUCUCCAAGGAUUAGGUUGCUUGAGGUCCAAGGUUGUAGUUGGAUUAGAGUUUGCCAGACCAACUGCUUGCAUAAUCUUUCUAUAUCUAACAAUUCUGGGAGGGUCGAUAUUGUUGAAUUUGGAGAUCUUGCUGCCCUCGAAAUUUUGUGCAUCAGAGGGGUCCAGUGGUGUUGGGAUGCAAUAAGCAAAAUGCUCAAAUGGGCAAGCCAAGUGAAACACUUGUACAUGAAAGUGGAGUUCACUGGAGAUUUCGAGGCGCUCCAACCUUUUCCCGAGGUCGAUCUGGUCGACUUCUUCAAUAGCCACCCGAAGCUUAGAAAGUUCGACGUCCAUGGAGCUAUGUUUGCUGCUCUCUGUCAAAAGAACAGCCUCAAGAAUGUAGAUACAGGCUUCACGAUUCCUUGCUUGGAAGAGGUGGUCAUUACCGUGAGGUCUCCCUUGAACGCGGAACAGAAGAUGAACACUCUCGAGUCGUUAAUAAAGUAUGGGAAGAAUCUCAAGACAAUGGUGAUAAAGAUUCUUCAGAUGAAGAGCUGUCACAAUAGCACGGACGACUUCUUUGAGGAGGUCUGCAGGUUUAAAUACUUAAACCGCAAGAUAGUUCGCAUCGAAUAAAGCUCGGUAAGAGCUAAUUCUUUUCCCGAUUGCUGUACCUGCAAUUCCAUUCUUCAUGUAACUCGCAGUUUUGACAAUGUUCUAAUUGAGACUUCAAUCAAAUCAAACUGGAUCAUGAAAGCACAUUCAAAAGCGUCUUCAGUUA